GCUAAUUUCCCCAAUCCUGAUCACGUUAGAAACCUUGUUUCUAACAUCUGGUAUCAGAGCCUGACUCGAGAGUGAGUUCCUCUGAACUCUUGGACCAGGGAAGACAACGAUGGUAUCAACAAAAUCGAUGAAAGCGGCGGAGAAGGCAGCUCAGGCAGCCGAGAGGAACACCGAGGCGGGCGAUGUUGGUCUCGACGGGGUGGUGAUGGAGGACGUCAUUGAGCUGGAGGAGGUGAAACUGGUGGUGCACGAGCACUCUGAUGCGCUGGCUCGGCUCGAAGAAGGCCUAGCUAGGGUGCAGGAGGACGCGAAGGCGGAUGCUGAUGAUCUGCGACAGAGGCUGGAGGACCUGAUGCGGGCGAUUGCCUCGCUGCAGGCAAAGGAGGACAGAUCAGGGGGAGCGCCCAUUCCGGCUGAGUCGGCGAUCGAAGGAGGCGGCGCGACGGGGGCUGCGGAGACGGCGGCGACCGCGGCUGGCGGGGCGGCUGUCGGCGGGACCCCGACGGUGACGGCGCCGGCGGCGCCGGCGGGAGUGGCUCUCGCGAAGGCCGGCAGCGGUGGCUCAGGCCGAUGCGUCGAUCGCGACGGCCGAAGGAAGUAGGGCGGCGGACACCAGGCCGGGCCGAGUUGAUCGAACUGCAGUAGGGUUGGGCUCGGGUCUGUUACCGACGCCUACGGCUCAAGAGAUUGCGGCCCGGAAGGGAAAGGCUAAGAUGCCCGGGUAUGACACAGAUG